GAACGAUUGAAGUCUGUGCUGGUCCUUCUGAUCCUCCUCUCUGUCAGAGGUUUCCUCUGGCAGCAGCAUGUUUCCGCACUUCAGACCUCCACGGUACAGGUGAGGUAUGGGGAGGAUGCCAUCCUGCAGUGCCCCCUGAUGGACGCCUUCUCCAAUGUCUCCUCCAAUACCUCCUCCAAUGCUUCCUCCAAUGCCUCCUCUAGUGCCUCGUCCAAUACCUCCUCCAAUGCCUCCUCCAAUGCUUCCUCCAAUGCCUCCUCUAAUGCCUCGUCCAAUACCUCCUCCGAUGCCUCCUCCGAUGCCUCCUCCAAUGCCUCCUCCAAUGCCUCCUCCAUCGGCCUCGGACAGUCCUUUGAGCCUGAAGCCAACAGGCUGCACAACAAGAGUGUCUCCUCCAGUGCUUCCUCCAGUGUCUCCUCCAGUGCUUCCUCCAGUGCCUCCUCCAGUGCUUCCUUCAGUGCCUCCUCCACCCUCAGCUGGUACAGGAAGGCUGCAGGUCGGAGUCCAGAGCUGCUGCUCAGCUUCAGGUCUUCAGACGUCUCUAACGUGACAUACGGCCCUGGUGUUAGUCCAGAUAAAGUCUCAGCUUCAGUCGACGGUUCGCUGCUGCUGCACGACUCCAGACUGAACGACUCAGCAGUGUAUUACUGUGGCUUGACUCAGGGAGAAGAGCAGAAGAAGAAGAAGAAGAAGAAGAAGAGAGCAACGCCAUAGGAACUCAGCGGGAAAUUAUGCUAACUCUAAAGCUAGUUAAUUUUGACAUUAUUCAAUCAUGAUUUUGACUCGUUACCUCAUGAUUUUCUUAAAUCUAGUAAUUUAUUUUAUUUCAUGAUUCUUUACACUUUAUCUCAGUGUUUACCAUUUCCUUAAAAUGUUGACUAUUAUUUUAUGAAUAUUAAACAUGUUUAGUUAAUAACUUUCAGUUGUGACUUUUGAACUCCUAAUUUAGAUUAUUGUUUUCAUUAGUUUGACUUUUUGUCUAUUGUAAUUAAUUGCAUAAUUAAUUAAUAAUGACAUUAAUUGUAAUUGUAAUUGUUUUAGAACUGAUUCAUACUGAGUUUAAGUCAUCAGAUAAAUAAAUACACUGGUAGGAUGUCAUGUAACCCUAUACAUUUCAAUUAUUUUAUUAAAAUAUUUUUGUUUUUUGGGGGACAUUUU